AUGAGUGCUGAAUAAAUAAUAAAUUAUUUAAAAGAACGCAAAGAAAAGCUAGAGAAUCUUCACUAAAUAGUCAAUAAAAACAAUAUUGUUAGCAAGAAUAGUUCAAAGAGGAAUUUAGAUAAAGCAAUUAUUUUUUCUUAAGUUUCAUUUGUUAGUUUUUAUAGUCUUUUUUUCUUGAAGAUUGUUCUAUUUAAUCAUUAUCCGCGAUUUAACAUUGCCAAAAAGUUUUUUUCUUUAUGGUUUUACUAAAUGACGAUUGACCCUCUCACUCUCGGAGCAGGUUACAGUGGGUCACUUCUCUAUUCGCAUUAUGAAGAUUUUAAGUCAAAAAAAAAUAGUUGA